AAAUGGCGGUGCUCGAGAGACGCAGUAGCGGAUCAGAAGUACUGUGAACGGCAUAUGAACAGAGGCCGCCACCGUUCAAGAAAGCCUGUGGAAGGCCAAUCCGGCCACUCCGUUGCCGGAGCCUCCAAUAUUACCACCGCGACUAAUUCUAGUAAGCUGCCAUCAGCUUCUUCCAUGGCGGUGCCCGGCAACGGUUCAUCCAACAGCCUCUCCUUUGUGAACCAAAACUUCAAGAACCUCCACCGCGCCGGCGCUGGAUCUCAGCCUACUCCCUCCGCCGCCACCGCUCAAAUCAACAGAAUGUUUAUAAUGAACAAAGAGAAUGGGGGCAAUGGGUUGCAUGAUACAACAACAUCAUCUGGUCUCUCUGUUCUGUCUCCUGCCAUUGACAUGAAAUCCAAGCCGCAGCUUCCAUUUGCAAUGCAGAAACAGCAGAACCCAUUUGAAGAACCAUCAAGAACAGAGUUUGGGCUUCUAUCUUCCAGUUUCCUUCUCAACUCUUCUCAGAAGACCUCUUCUUUAAUGACUUACAGAACUUUCAAUCCUUCCGAGGGCAUCACUACCCAAGAAGCAGUUGACCAAUCCCAGCAUUCACUUCGCCAAUUCUUCAACAAUUGGCCCAAGAACCAAUCUGAUACCUCUUCGGUUUCUUGGUCCAACUCGAAUCUCGACCUCCAAUCUGAUAGGACUCAGCUAUCCAUAUCAAUCCCAAUGGCGACUUCGGAUUUCAGAUCCUCGACCUCGUCCCCGGCGAAUGAGAAAGUUACCCUCUCGCCGUUGAAGUCGUCGCAGGAGGUGGACCCAAUUCAGAUGGGGUUGGGAGUGGGGAACGUGAUGGAUGAACCAAACAACAGGCAGGCAAAUUGGAUCCCCAUAUCGUGGGAGAGUUCCAUGGGCGGCCCGCUUGGGGAGGUUCUGCAUAGCACGAACAACAAUGGCGGGGAAUUGAAGAGCUCGUCGAUACUUAACCUGAUGACAGAAGGGUGGGACAAUAGCCCGUCGCUAGGGUCAUCGCCAACCGGGGUUCUGCAGAAAACAGCGUUUGGUUCUUUCUCAAACAGCAGCACAGGGAGCAGCCCCAGAACAGAGAACAAUAAGACUCAUGAAGGAGGAGGAGGAGGCAGCAGCCAUUGCAGCGAUCGUUUGGGGUCAACUUUUGUGAAUUCUUCUAAAUCUUUGCCCAGUGUUUAAGAAACAGGUGGAAGAAGAAUUUAAACUAUAUGUUUGUGUAUGUGCAGACUUCCAUAAUAGUUUGUCAGAAAAGUUCAUUUUCUGUUUGUGAAACUUCUUGUUUUGUUUUGUUUUUUUAUCCCACCCACUCUUGAUGCUCAUAAUUUCCAUUCGUUAGAACUUUCUGUGGAAUCAUCCAACAGAGAAUAUGCACCCACCGUAUCAGAAACCAGAAGGCAGCUUAUUUUCUUUCUUUAAGCAACCAGCUGCUAUAGCCACUGUUUCAUGUGAUCUUCUUCAUCAAAAUUCAGAACAGAGAUUGUGAUUCA